AUGGUCACCAGGAUUGCCUUCCAGUUGACGGGGCCGCAUGCAGACCUCAUCGCAAUCAUGUUUUCAGUCAGCUGCCCCAGCGGCGCGCUCACCCCGGCAAAAAUUUUGUUUUGGAGCGCAUCUCCUGCAGCUGCCGCGCAGCUUCCCGCUGAGGCAGAUGCCUCGGCACCCCGCUUGUCAGAGGCUGUCAUCUGGGUGCACCCUGCUGCCAGCUCAGACGCCCAUGCAGCGCUCCUGAACGGGGCCAUAGGAUCACAGCUGCCUCACAACAUGGUUCUGCCCCUGCACCUGAAAGACCCUCGGCUGGCCAAACCCAUCAAGGCUGCAGAGGCUCUUGCAACCCUGGAGGAAGCGUCCAGCCAGGCCAGUCUAAAAGUCCUACCACAGCCACCAAGCUACAACAACCUGCAGCCGCUUGCACCUGCACUUGCACAGGAGAGGGCUCCAGAGGGCUGCCCAGCGCUGGCGGUGCGGCGGGCCGCGGCCGACGGCAAGGCAGCGCCCGGCUGGUCGCUGAUUCUGCCAGCUGGCUGGGCCAGCCUGUUCUGGCAGGCGCUGGUCUACAACCGCGCCCGGCCCGCGGGACAGCGCGAGUGGCGCUGGGCCGCUGCGCACCAGGGGGUGGGCUUCUUUCCGCACGACUUUCCAGAUACGCCGGCGCCCUCCAAAGCCUGA